UGCAUAAAGUCACGAAACCAGCUGAUAAUGGGAUACAGGCGUCCACAGUGUGUCAGUAUCACUGAACUCCAUAUCGCCUUACAUGGAAGAAAAAUCAAAGCUGAGUUACGGAAACCGACAGACACACAGCUGCUGCUAUUCGAGAAAACUGGGGUGUCUAAUACAAUUGUUUGUGUUUAUCCAUGAGGUUGUCUGAUCGAUUGGCUAUGGAAAAAGAACGCAGAUGAUCCAUCUGUAUGGAAGGAAACAAAACCAAAAAAGAGGAGGAAGAAGAAUGGUUCCUGACGCAUCAUGUGAGUUAUUAUUUUUCACCUGUAUAUUGUGGCAUAUAUGCGUGUCGGUCAUGUGCUAUGCUGCCUAUCCUGUGAAAGUCUUGUCUGGUUCUCUUUGGAUUUCCAUCAAACACGGCUUUCGUGGUUGCCUUUUUGACUCGUUGUCAGCGCUUGUUGUUGGGCUCAGAUUUCCAUCUUAUCACCAUCGCCUACGUUGCUUUUUUUUUUCGUUUUUUAUUGGUGCCGUUACUUUUGCGUCCUCAUGACUGAUAAGAUGUGAUGUUAUGGAUAUGAGAUAGUGAUGAGUAGUAGACUAGG